AGUUUAAAUUAUCACUAACAGACGCGAAUUGGAACCGACUGAGAAGUGAAUAAAGUUGAUAAAAGUUUGUGGAAAAAUGGAAGUGCUAAAAUUGUUUUUCUUGUUUGCGUUAUGUAAGAGUGCUCUAUCAGAAGAAAACAUUUUACACCCAUGCAAAAUAAAGGACAUGGACUGCUUAAGUAGCACGACCCAAAGCUUUCUAGGCAAAACUUGCGCUGGUAUCCCUGCCUAUAACAUCAAGGCCAUAGACCCCCUGGUCAUCUCAGAGCUGACCUAUGAGGUUCCACAGUCAGACUUGGUCUUCCACUUCAAGAAUAUAACUGUGACAGGUUUGAAGAACCAAAAGAUCGCAGAUUUUAGAAUGGACAGAGAUGCCAAAUCCGUCGUGCUGCAGACUCGGGUGGAUGCCAACAUCGUCGCUGACAUGACGGUGGAGAUACCGAAACUAUCGAAGUCUUUCACGGGAACUUACUACGCUAAGACAACCGCUCUCGUCACCUCAAAAUACAACUACGAGCUGAUUCCAAACAAGGAUGGCGUGGAGUACUUCGAAGUCGGCCCCGAGACCAUCACUUGCGAGACCCUGGGCACUCCCGAGGUCACCCUGGACUCCAAGCUCAUGGAAGCUAUCUCCACAGACCCAGACACGUUAGCAAGGAAAAAUGACUACGAAAAGCGAUCCGUAGAACUCCGUCGCGACCUGUUGUCAGUCAUCAUGGCGAAAUCAUACAUCACUGUCAUACACAACCUACGUGCUGCAGCGAGAGUGUUCCCGAAAACCGCUUUCUUCAUAGACAUAUAAAUGAAACAAUAAAUUAUUUAAAUGAUUA